AUGGCUAAAAUAAAAAUUUGUUAUUUAAAUGUAUAUGAAAGUCAUUUAUUUCCUUUAACAACUCUAUUGAAUGAACAUAAUGAAUCACUUGAAAUUUGUCAAACAAAAAUUGGUUCUGUUGGUAGUUGGUGUUGGGAAUCAGCAAUAUGUUUAGCUGAAUAUUGUUAUGAUCAUAUGUUUAAUCAAUUUAAAAAUAAACGUAUUGUUGAAAUUGGUAGUGGUACAGGUAUUGUUGGACUACAAUUAUGUGCAUUAGGUGGAAAUGUUACUUUAACUGAUCGUGAAGAAUAUCUUGAAUUAAUUAAUUAUAAUAUUAAAAAAAAUCAACAGGUUCUUACAGGACAAGCACAAGCUAGAACAUUAUUUUGGGGUGAUGAAUUAAAUGAAAAUGAUGAUUGUUUUCAAAAUCUUGAUUUUGUUAUUGUUGCUAAUUGUGUAUAUCAUUCAAUUGAAUUAGAUGAAUUAAUAAAAACAAUAUGUAAUUUAUGUCCAGAAAAUUCUCAAACAUGUUUAUUAUGUUGUUAUGAAUUACGUAGUGAUGGUAUUCGUCGAUUAGUAAAUGAAUUUCAUCAAAAAUUAAUUGAAAAAAAAUUUUCUAUUCAAUAUAUUGAAAACAAAGAUUUUCGUGAAAAAUAUCAAAAUGAUUAUAAUGCAAUAGUUAAAUGUCAACGAUAA